UCCUCCCCCUCCUUCCGGGAGGCGCGGGACCCUGCGCUGUCGUUGCUGCCGCCGACCGCGGGUUGGGCGCUGACUUUGUGUCUGAAGGCUGGGUUUGCGGUGAAACUGAGGACCUGAGUGCGGGCAGUGAGGGGAGCUCUGGACCAGGACACUCCAGGACCCAGGUGUGAGCUGCCUCUCUUGCUGGAUUCCAUUCACCUCUCCCAGCACCACUUCCAGAGUCCUUAGGCAUUUGUGAGAGCAGCAAUGAAUAAAUCUGUGGAACCCUUGACCUUCAGAGAUGUGGCCAUAGAAUUCUCCCGGGAGGAGCAGGACUGCCUGGAUCAGGCACAGUGGAAAUUGUAUCGGGAUGUCAUGUUAGAGACCUACAAAAAUAUGGUGUCGUUGGGUCUUGCUGUGUCUAAACCUGACCUGGUCAUCUUGUGGGAGCAAAAGAUGGAGCCCUGGGAUGUGAAGAGAAGUGCAAAUUCUGUCAUCCUCCCAGCCAUGUCUUCUCAAGACGACCAUGUCUCCAUGCAACAGUCAGGCAGAGAAGAUUUGUUCCUAAAUGUGGGACCGGGAGAUGAUGGAAUUGACACCUUUGAGAAUUUACAAUUACUGAAAGACCGGACAUGUCAAGAGGCAUGUGAAGGGCACAAUGGUUAUUGCGAUGAAGAUUGCCAAGCAGGAACAAUUAUCCAUAGUAAAAUUCUUCCUGCAGGAACUGAUCCAGCAUGUAAACCAUGUUGGGUAAGACUCCAUUUUAUGUCUCUUGCAUGUAUAGAAAAAUACAUUUCUGUUAGCAAAGACCCAUGUGAUAGUUUUACCAAGAUACAUUCUCAGAGAGGAAUAUUGGAACACUUGGAUAGUCCCCUUGUCCAUAAUGGAAAUGAUUAUUCAAAACAUUGUCACCGUGGGAUAGGUUUAAACGUUCAGUCAAAUCAUUCUCAACAUCCUCUGAUUAAAAAGGUAGAUGAAAAAUCUACACGAGAGCAUAUUGAGGAGUCCUCAAAACUUCUCCAAUAUCAGACAAUUCAUGAGAAACCUUACAAUUGUAAAGAAUAUGGCAAAGCUAACAAAUGCUGCUCAAGACUUACUGAACAUCAGAGAAAGAAACGGCACAAACGUGAAGAGCGUGUUAAAGGCUUUUGUCGGCAUUCACAGCCGACUCGACAUCUAAGGAGUCAUACUGGAGAAAAGCCUUACAUGUGUCUAGACUGUGGUAAAACCUUUGUAAGUUUGUGUUGCCUUUCCCAGCAUCAGAGAGUUCAUAAUGGUGAGAAACCUUAUAAAUGUGAAGAAUGUAUGAAAACCUUUAAGGUGAAGUCAAGUCUCAGUCAGCAUCAGAGAAUUCAUACUGGCCAGAAAGCUUACCAAUGUGAAGUAUGUGGCAAAGCCUUUAAGUAUAAGUCAAAUCUUACUCGACAUCACAGAAAUCAUACUGGGGAGAAACCUUACAAAUGUGAAAAGUGUGGCAAAGCCUUCAGCUUGCUUUCAAGUCUUUCUGACCAUUACAAAAUUCAUACGGGGGAAAAGCCUUACAAAUGUAAGGAAUGUGGCAAAGCCUUUAAUAGAAAUUCAAAACUUACUCGACAUCAUAGAAUUCAUACUGGGCAGAAACCUUACAAAUGUGAAGAAUGUGGCAAAGCCUUUACCUGGGUGUCAAAUCUUUCUGAGCAUUACAAAAUUCAUACUGGGGAAAAGCCUUACAAAUGUAAAGAAUGUGGCAAAGCCUUUAAGACUAAUUCAAAGCUUAGUCAACAUCAUAGAAUUCAUACUGGGCUGAAACCUUACAAAUGUGAAGAAUGUAAGAAAGCCUUUAAGCUGAAGUCAUGUCUUCGUCAGCAUCAGAGAAUUCAUACUGGCCAGAAAGCUUACCACUGUGAAGUAUGUGGCAAAGACUUUAGCAGUAAGUCAAAUCUUACACAUCAUCACAGAAUGCAUACUGGGGAAAAACCUUACAAAUGUGAACAAUGUGGCAAAGCCUUUAAUUAUAUUAAAAGUCUUACUCGACAUCACAGAAUUCAUGCUGGGCUGAAACCUUACAAAUGUGAAGAAUGUGGCAAAGCCUUUACCUGGGUGUCAAAUCUUUCUGAGCAUUACAGAAUUCAUAGUGGGAAAAAACCUUACAAAUGUAAAGAAUGUGGCAAAGCUUUUAAUAAUAAUUCAAGUCUUACUCGACAUCAUAGAAUUCAUACUAGGGAGAAAUCUUACAAAUGUGAAGAAUGUGGCAAAACCUUUAACUGGCUCUCAAGUCUUUCUGAUCAUAACAACAUUCAUACUGGGAAAAAACCUUACAAAUGUAACAAAUGUGGCAAAGACUUUAAACAUAUUAAAAGUCUUACUCGACAUCGCAGAAUUCAUACUGGGCCAAACCCUUAUAAAUGUGAAGAAUAUGACAGAGCCUUGUACUGCAAGUCAAAUCUUUCUAACAACUACAGAAAUCACACUGGGGAAAAGCCUUACAAAUGUAAAGAAUGUGGCAAAGCUUUUAAUAAUAAUUCAAGUCUUACUCGACAUCAUAAAAUUCAUACUGGGGAGAAACCUUACAAAUGUGAAGAAUGUGGCAAAGCCUUUAACCAAAAGGCAAAUCUUAGUCAACAUCAUAGAAUUCAUACUGGGGAGAAACUUUACAAAUGUGAAGAAUGUGGCAAGGCCUUUAAGUGGAAGUCAGGUCUUAUUCUACAUCACAAAAUUCACUUCAGAGAGAAGUGUUAAAAUUGUGAAGUCCAUUUUUUGACUUUAGUCUCUUUAAUCAUAAGUCCAGCAGUUUAACCAGAAAUGGCAAAGUGAUUAUCCAGAAGUCCAAUCAUCCUCAACAUAAGACUGCCUACUGAGAGAAACCCAUCAAUGGAAAUUGAUGAAUGGAUUGUCCAAAUAUAUAUUUUGAAACCACCAGAUUUUCAUACUGGAAACUUUAUAAAGAAGUGAAAAGAGGAGAAUAAUUUAUGAUGAAAAUUAAAUGCAUAUUAAGACAUUACAGUGCAGUAAGAAGUUAAUUCCACUUGUCAGACAUUGCCUUAAAUGAGAAUAUGGUUUUGGAGCAUAAACCAAGAUUAAAACACUUAAUGUUAGUAUAAUUUAAAAGUUCAGGAGGCCUCUCUGGUGGCUCAAGGGGUGAAGUUGCAGCAUUCUGAUGCUGUUGGCAACCACUGCAGCACAAGUUUGAUUCCUGUCCAGGGAGCUGACCCACAUGGAGCAGCAGACCUCUCCUGUCUUGCCUGCUGCUCUCCUCAGCAGUAUAUUUCUGUAUAUCCACCUGUUCUGCCUCCACUCCAUCUUCGGUGAAUCCUCACACACACCCCCCCCCCACACACACCUCUGGCCUACACCCCAGCUCUUGUAUGCAUAAAUAAAAUGAAUCUUUAAAAAACAAAAGGUGAAGACAAUGGUUUGGGGACAUAUAUAGUUAUUUUCUAUGUCCUUUUUUAUCAACCAUACUUGGGAUAUGAAGAGACAUGAGGAAUGAAAUUCAGCCCUACAUCACUUCAUUCUAUGGCUUCUCAUAGGUAUGUGAUGUCGAGUUUGAUUUUUGCUGCCUUAAACAUCUAAGGGACCCUUCUCUAAUGGAUGGAUUUGCUCACAUCUAACUUGCUCUGGCAAAUUUAAGAUGGUGUCAUACAUCAUGUAUGAAGAAUCUAAUGGAUAUGCUGUUUGUGGUUGACUCAAAAGAUUUAUCUAAAUCACCCAGAAGAGUCAUCGGCUUCAUUGUUGGCAUAAAAGUCAGAGAAACAUGCUGAAGUUCAAGUCAUUUCAUCUUUUUCUCCUUAGGGAAUACACUGACAGUUUAUUAAAGUCCUGAUGUUUUUCACAGUAGUAAUAGAGAUCGUGAAUAUUAUUUGAUGUUGCCAAAAGAAAUAUUCACAGGCACAUGAUGAAAGACCAGGUGACUUUCACAACAGGGCAUGGCAUUCUUAUCCAUUCACAUUAGCUUAGUAAAGAGUCUAUGUUGAACACUUAACUCUGGGAUUCUGGUAUCAGAAGGUCCAGAAUGCUUCCUAAAUGCCUGAAUCCUGACUUUUACGAAAUAGCAUACAAUAGUAUCUGAAUGUCUUACUUAGACUGUAAACUUUAUAUUCAUACAUAUAUUUUUUAAUAAUGCUGAUUUUUAAUGUCAUCCUGACGGGUACUUGAUAACAUGUCGCUCACCAGCAAUAACCAAUUCCAUUUUAAGGCUUUUAGUAACAGAUGAGAACAAUAAGGUGGUUGUCUACACAGUGUUAUGUCAUCAUUAGCAGGCUCUGUUCUCAGAUACCUUUUAUUUGAAAUAGUUUUGACUGUAUUUUGAAGAACUACACACUUUUUUUUGUUCUGUUAGUAACCCCGGAUAUUGUUGAGUGUAUUUAAUAUAAUGCUGGAGUAUUUUGAAGAAUUUUGCCAAACACUUCAUGAUAUUGGUGCUUUGCCAUCCAUUUUUUUGUGCCUAAAACUAUCUCUAGGGACUCUGAAGUGACACUAGACCCUCUUUUAGAGGUUCCUGCUACACUCCUUUAUAACACUCUGCAUGAUCACAAGGAAAUAUAAAUUCUUCACCUGACUUCACAUGCAGACAUUGUCAUGCCUCUCUAGUCUAAGGGCCUCCUCUUGAUUGGCCCUGGGUAAAAUUUCCACAGAACUGACAAUAGACAAUACUUAGUUACUUACAUUAAGGAAUACAUACUGUAUUUCUCCCUUAGUUUACCUGGAGUAACACAAUCUUCAGGAUCUUUGAAACACUCCAGUUAGGGAUUUUUUAAUGGCCUUCAAACACACAUUGUCUUAGAUUUGAUAUAUAUUUAAUCCAACAUGUAAAUACAUUGAGACAUUACUGAGGAAUGACAAUGGCUGGGAAAAAAAAGUAUUCUGGAGAGCAGGGUGUGUGUAGGGAAGCAUUUCAUGAUGUCACUGGCUUGGGCAGCAGUUGGUUAUUUUUGGAAGAGGCAAUUACUUCUAAAAUGGGGCUGUUUGUAGGAGGUGUCUGGUAGUAUGGAGGCACUCUAUUCCAUUUAGGGGAAAGCCAGGAUAGUGCCAGCAGCUCACACUGAUGUUUUUUAAGAAAUAGAAUGAGGGUAUUUCGGCUCAGCCUUGGUGGCCUUCAGCAGAUACUGGGCAAGGCAGCUGUGCAAGGAUAGAAUGGAGUCUAAGGAUACUGUCCCCUGCUGGUCUUCUGGGGACCAGGAAGGCAAAAUUUAAACACCAGAAAUGCCUUAGUUGGAGUUUGAUCUAGAUGGCUGACCAGGGAGUCUUCAUGCUCCACCCUUCUGAGGAUGCAGCUUCGGAACUACAAAGAAGGGGGGUUGUGAGGAACCCAAAUCCGGAACCCAAUUAUAAGAGUACACAGCAAGGGGGCCACCCUUGGUGGCGCAACCAUUGAGCCCUGAGCUGCGAGGCUGCCCGCAGCCGCUGCAGCGCCGGUUCGUUCCCUGGCCGCCGGCAAGGGUGUCCCCCGCCACACACACAAAAAGAGUACACAGCAAGGUUCCCUACUUAAAAAAAAAAAAUCUUUUUCUGCAUACAAGAACUGGGGGUGUAGGCCGUCUGUGUGGGGGAUGGUGCGGUGAUGAAAGAAUCAAAGAGGUCUGUAGCAUCAAACGCUGCCAAUACCGUGAAAGCUCUGAGACGUUAACCCUUUCACCCCCAAGGGGUACCCAGUUACUUUCCUAUUCACCUCAGCCCUGAACCAGUUCUGGUGCCCCCAUGUUCAGUGUCCCCGCCCAUCUGUCCAUUUUCCCUCAACCUCCACUGAUCCCACCUCCAGGCUGCAAAAUCCACCCCUGACAACGUCACGGCUGGCUCACAGUAUCGUGGGAAAUGUAAUCUGGAUCCCACGCGGUUCCUGCCUAAGGCUCUGGGGCGGGGCCUACAGGUUCUCCGCGGCUGCGCCCCUGCCCGCCCACCUUUUGCCGGAAGUUUCGGUACUGCCCUUUGGGCUGCUGGGCACCCGGGUGUCACCUGGACUUUGUGUCCGAAGGCUGGGUUUGCGGUGAAACUGAGGACCUGAGUGCGGGUGUGGGGAGA